AGGAGCCGUAGCUGUUCACUUUUCCUCCACGUCAGCUGCAUCUGCGCACUGCUCUCAUCCACACACACAAAGUUUCUUACACUGGUAAUCGGACAGUAAAAUCGUUCCUGACGUGACAAUAAUCGCAUGGAGUGAUGUUUAAGAAACUGAAGCAGAAGGUGAUAGAGGAGCAGUCGCCUCAGCGGAGCAGCGCGCAGGCGCAGCAGGCGAGUUCAGGAGAGAGGCGCGCUCAGCCCCCUUUCCUGCACCAAGAUGCCCCGGCCUCCCCCAACGACAGAGAGCUGCUGGCUGGGAUGAUAGCAGAGCCUGCUUUUCUCUCUGAGUAUACUAUCUUUGCUCUGGACCACUCAAAACUACCCAAAGCGGCCCAGGUGCCCAGUGUGGUGAGUCUGUCCUCACACAUCGCCUCCUCUUCCUCACCCCUCGAGAAAUAA